ACCCAAAGACCAUGCAAGAGUCACUCUGAAGCCUCUUGCCCAUGGGCUGGGGUCAGUAGCCUGGGUGACAUGGGGUGACAUCACACCCCCCACCGUGUCAUGGGACAUGCACAGUACCUGCAUCUGUGCUGUCCCGGCCCCCCUAACACUACGGCCAUCUGCAGGGACCCCGACAGUGUGGUGCUGUGCUUGCUGGCCACCGAUGAGGAGGACGAAGGCGACAUCGCCUUGCAGAUCCACUUCACCCUCAUCCAGGCCUUCUGCUGCGAGAACGACAUUGACAUCGUGCGGGUGAACGAUGUGCCCAAGCUGGCGGCCAUCGUGGGGCCCAGCGAGGAGUCUGGGGAGCCGCGGGAUCUCCACUGCAUCCUCAUCACGAACCCAAAUGAAGAUGGCUGGAAGGACCCAGCUCUAGAAAAGCUGAACUUCUUUUGUGAAGAGAGCCGAAAUGUCAAUGACUGGGUGCCAACUAUCACCCUGCCUGAGUGAUGGUGACCCAGUGCACUGGGGAGGCUGAAAUCUUUGUUGCAUUCUCAAUGUGGUGUUGGUUCACCGAAGUGUGCAACAAGCUGCUGAUUCCAUGGAUUAGCCUGGUCAAGAGACUGGAUUAAAGUCGCUCAGACUGGCACGCAGUGGGCUCUUAUGGAGAAGAAAGGAAAAGACCAGCUCGCUCCAGCAGUGAGCCCUGGUAGGCUGCAGCAGUGGAGACGUUGACAUACCAUGGAACUGAAAGAAGUAUUGCAAGUUUCCCAGUCAAGUGGAGCUGUUUCAGAAGGCAGAGAAGGUUGGGGGAAGUGGGCCAAAACUUAUGGAAGGACUGGACAGAAUACUGUAACUAGGAACUGUUGGUGCUGUCUACAAAACAUGAAGAAAAGAAGGUUUCAAUAUUUGAUGGACUACUAGAGACUGGUUACUGAGACAAAUAUACAAGAGACUUUUAAGCAGACAGACUUCAACAGGCCCCUGGGCCACUCUGCAGAACUGGUUUAAUAAUGCAAUAAUUUUUACUGGAAUUGCUGCUAUUGAAGCUUUCAUAAUAAAUUUUUGACAAUUAA